UAUGUCAGUGACACAGGCCAUGGAGUGGUUGAUAGAACAUGCAGAUGACCCUGCUGUGGAUGCUCCCCUUCCUGGUCAGACUCCGUCAGAAGCUGCAGCUGAAGCUGGUGCAUCCUCUGCUGAAGCAGCUGCAGGUCCUAGUUCAGAAGUUGGUGGGGAAGAGGCCAAGGAUGAGCUGACAGAAAUAUUCAAGAAGAUCCGGCGGAAAAGAGAGUUUCGCCCAGACCCACGAGCUGUUAUUGCCCUGAUGGAGAUGGGAUUUGAUGAAAAAGAAGUGGUAGAUGCACUGAGAGUAAACAACAACCAGCAAAAUGCAGCUUGUGAAUGGCUGCUGGGAGACAGAAAACCUUCUCCAGAGGACUUAGAUAAGGGAAUUGACACCAAUAGCCCUCUCUUCCAAGCCAUCUUAGAAAACCCUGUGGUACAGUUAGGGCUAACAAACCCUAAAACUCUACUAGCCUUCGAGGAUAUGCUUGAAAAUCCCUUGAACAGCACUCAGUGGAUGAACGAUCCGGAAACGGGGCCCGUCAUGCUGCAGAUCUCCCGAAUCUUCCAGACACUGAACCGCACGUAGGGGGGUGCCGGGUCCCCGUGCCACCUCCUCCUGUCCCCGGCUGCACCUUCCCGGCGGGAGGGCACCUGGAUUGCUGGGGAGGGGGACACAAAGGCUCCCCCAAAGAGGGGGGUCUCCAGGAGAGCGUAUGUAGUUAUGGCCAACCUAAAUUUAUUGCCUUGUGGAUUUAGUGUUAGUGGAAGAGGUUUGAAGACUUAUUUUUGUUUUGGGGUUUUAGGUUGAAAAAAAUAUAUAUAUACAAAUAUAGGAAAAGGUUUUGUGAAUGCAAUUAAGAAUCUGAUUGGCGAGAUACAUGAUGAUAUUGCUCGUGUUUUAAGCUCUGCGGUAAAAGGCCUGUGACAGUAGUUUACUAGCCAGUUUCACUAGUAUCUGGCUAGAGUUUACAAGAGGUCACUGACCACUAGCAUAGGAUAUUAAUUCUCUCCAUACAGUAUUAACUUAUCUCAAAUUAUAAAAUGCUUUUUUAAAUUGAUUCUUAGGAAAUGUUUUUUAAAAGCCCAAAUGUUGGGAGAGCAAGCACAUUUCUAUCCAAACUUGUUUGUCUUGCAUUAUAAUUUAAAUGAAAUAAUUCAUAGAUGGAAUUCCUUUAAUAAAUAGCAUUACUUUCUCC